GCGAUGACCCCCGAGAAGGUGCUGAGAGAGGGGGUGCUGGAGAAGCGGAGCGGGGGCCUGCUGCAGCUCUGGAAGAAGAAGCGAUGCCUGCUGACAGAGAAGGGGCUGCAGCUUUUCGAGCCCAAGGGCUCCCGGCGCAAGGAGCUGAGCUUCGCCCGCAUGAAGGCUGUGGAGUGCGUGGAGUGGAAGGAGCGGCACAUUUACUUCACGGUGGUGAUGGACAACAGCCUCGAGAUUGACUUCCGCUGCGCACAGGAGGACCCGGGCUGGAACGCCGAGAUCACCAUGGGGCUCGUGCGCUUCAAGAACCAGCAGGCGAUGCAAGAGUGGUGCAGGUGGACGCAGCCCCGGUGGGACAGCCCAGGCAGUCGCAGCUCCCCAGGAGUCGGAUGGAGAUGGCCCUCGGCUCAGCAGGUGCUGGGGAGAACGGAAUCCCUGUGGGCAAGUGAGGUCACCGCUGUGCAGCCCGGGAUGAGGACAGUGGCCCCGGGGAGGCUGGUGCCGGCGCUGGCUCCCCCCAUGCCGGGGCAGGACAGAGGCACUGCAAGAGCUGGGCUGGCACAGCCAGCUCCACUUGGCACGGUGGGGCAAAGGACACGGGCAGGGCCACCACCUGGCACUUCAGACAAGGCAGGAGGUGACAUCCCUGCCUGGGGCCCCACCACCCUUCAUUCAGCAGACAUGCAGGACCUUGGUGCACUGGUGGGGACCCUAAGCCUCUCCUGUAGUACAGGGGAUGGAUGAGGCUGUGACUGAAGGAUCCGUGCCUUCAGUGCCACAGGGAGCUCUGCCUGUGUGACAGUGACACUGGGACAAAUGGAUGUGGCUGGGUCUCAAUUUUAAAAAGGGGCCAGAGUGCUGCUGCUGCAGCAGGGACCCCUCAGCAGGGCACUGAACCAAUGGCAGGUGACAUGGCUGUGCUGCUGGACGUUGUCUCACCUUGGGAUGUCCUUGGGCUGUUGGGCAAUGCUGGGGACCCCAAUUCCCUGUACCAAAAGUUUCCCUAAACAGGACUUUCAGCUUCUUACUGUGGUGUUGCUUUGAUUUGUGGGACCCCAGAGGGCACGCGAGAGCACAAAUCCUGCACAGAGCUUUGCCAGUCAUGACCCUAAACCAGCAUCCCCAAAUGCUCCAAAGCCCCCCACUGGCACCCCGAGGCUCCCUGGUCACCAAUCCCGCUGUGCCUGUGUCCCCAGGGUGGUUUGUGUGCCAGUGGCACAGGAGCAGCGCUGUGGCUCUGCAGCAGGGAAGGGAUGGCCCUGCCCCGACAGGCAGCGCAGGCAGCAGCACUCGGAGCCACCGGUGCGCUCCGCAAGCCGGAGCCUGAACCCAGCCCAGAGCCGGAGGCGCUGCAGAUCCUGCUGGAGAUUCCCCGGCUGCGUGGGAAUCAUGGAGCGUGGUGUCCUCAUGCCCCGGGCUGCCACAGCUGGCCCCAGCUGCACCCUGUGGGGCCCAGCGGGUCCCUUCCCCCUGCCAGGGCAGCGCCGGGUGGCUUUGGGGAUGGUGGCAUGGCCAGAGGCAGCUUGUAGUGCAAGGGCAGGUUGUGCAGAAACAGGCACUGGGGGUUUCCACCCCACAAAGCCUCCUUGGCCAGCUGGUGCUCAGAGCUGCAUUUACUGAGACCCCCGGCUGGCAGUGGAGGGGGAGGGGGCCAGGCUGGGGGGUGCAGAUGAAGUCGGACCCAAACCCUGCACAGACAGCGCUGCACCAUCCCAGAGUCAUGAUGGGGACACAAGGGGCUCCAGGGAUGGUGGGAUCCUCCCCAGGACAUGCUGCAGGUGUGGUGCCCUGUGUGGACAAGCCCCAGACCAGGUCCCUGCACUUGUGUCAAGAGGGGAUGGGCUAGUCAGGAGGAUGCUGGUGCUUACACAGCAUUUCCAGGGCAAGGGUCAUUGUCCUGGGGUUUCCCCUAAGUCCCCAGCUCCAGAGUCAGGGGAUCCAGUGAGGCUCAAUCAAAGCUGUGUGAGCAUCCCAAGCUUGGGCCGUGGUGGGUGCAGGGUGGGGAGAGCAAGGGGAUUCCCCAAAUUACCAGUUUUAUCCAGUGUAAUUCCAUUUUUUCAAUUUUUCUGCUCUCUUGCUCCUGUAAAUAGGUAUUUUCUGUUUUCCAACUGCCAGCAAGGAACAUGCAGAGAAAAUGAUCAAGGAGGGUGUGUAAGCUCCCGGACACUGAUGAUGAGGCAGCAGUGAGGCCUCAGUACCCGAGAGCUGGGGAGGCAUUCAGGCAGUCAAUGGAGGGAGAGGACAAUAAGAGAACACAAAUCCCUGUGUCAGCGUUUCAGGUCCAGGCAUGGGGAAAGUCAAGCUUUUCCAUCCUCAUCUUCAUCCAGACCAGCACACAUCCAGGGUCCCUGCCUGAGCCCCAUAACCUCCAAGGACUUCAGAGGUCUGCAAGCCUUCAGGUUUGGGAUUUUCUUCUGAGCAGACACCCACACCUACCUGACCCACCCUCAGUGGAUCAGGGGCUGGGGGUCAGAGCCCAGCCACCGGCGUGGGGGUGGAAGGUGUGGUGGCUUCAUCUGCCGCUGGGAGGGCUGAAUGUCUCUGCAGAGGAAAAGUCACUCUGAGACUGAAAAACAAAUAAACAGCCCACAGACCCAGCCAGGGAGUGGAGCAGGGCCAGGGCCAGAGGCUGGAGCAUCCCCCAGCACCAGGGACGUGAUGCCAGCACACUCCCAGGCAGCCUGGAAAGCAGGAGAGGACCCACGGGAAGCAUUUCUCACCCCCUGGAGGUGGAGAAAGUGAGGCACAACAUGGGAUGGGGGGUGGGUUUGUGGCCCCUCAGGCCCCUCCAGUACAUGGGCUCCAGUGGUGAGGAGGGGCUGGCCAGACCCCCCUGAGCCCCAGGGAGAGCCCCAGAGAGGAGAGAGGUGCCCCGGAGCACCUAGAGUUCAAAGGCAGAGCCUGAAAAUCUGGCUCUGCUGCUCCCAGCCCGCAGUGCCCCUGCUCCAGCAGCCAUCCCCAGAAAUCUCUGAGGGUGCCCUGGUGCCAAGGCUGCUCUAUGGGGCUGCCCCUUGCCCCCCACCCUGGACAGGGGCUCUGCCAGCACCCACAGAGACUGGCACCCUCCCUGCAGCACCACGAGGUGCACUGGGUGCAGGGGAGAGGAGUUUUUUCCACCUGAUGACAUCCCAGGUCUGGCUUUGGGAUCAGUUUGGGGCUGGCUGGACACUCUGAGUGCCAGGGAGGGCAGUGGGGUCCCAGUGCUGAGACAGGGAGGUGCAGCCUGAUGGUGGGACCCUGUGUGGGACCUCUUCCAUCACCAAGUGCCCUGUGGAGAGGCUGGCACUGCCCCACUUCUCCUGGGAUCAUCCCUGGGCUUUUGCACGUGGUUCCUCUUUAGUUUUAAAACCAAAAAAACAAAAACAACAAAAAAAAUCCCAGCUGUAGCAAGUAGCAUUCUGCUUUUUGGUUUUAAGUCAACUGUCCAACUUCCUCCAGAUGCUCCUAAAAUGAUGUCAUUGUUGGCCACCCUUAAUUACAAUUCCUAAAUCACUGGAUCUUGGUUUGUGACCCAGCACCUGCCCAGAGCUCUGCUAUGCCUGUGUGUCCACGCUGCAGGGGAGCAAA